CACAAAGGACAAACCAGCUGCCAAGCCUCACUAGAGCCAUGGCACUCUUUUGGCCCAUAGCAAAGGUUUUGUGUUUCAAUUUGGCAGCCGUUCUGGGAGUUUUGAUCUACGAAUUCUACCUCUUGCGAGAAAACUAUAUCAGGUAUGCGCCUGCUUUGGAGGACAAAGACCACACAAUGCGUGCAGCCCAAUUUAGUGAGACUGGGGAGCCAUUUGUCAUCAAGACACGCACCAUUCCUCGACCACAAUGCUGCGAGAUGACACAGGUCUUGAUCAAGGUCGGAACUGGUGGCCUGAAUCCAGUUGACUUCAAAAUGCGCCGAAAUGCCAAUAUCAAUAUGACCAGGGCUUUGCCUGUCGUGUCUGGCUUUGACUUUUCAGGUCAUGUUGAACAGAUUGGCAGUGGUGUACUGGGAUACAGACCUGGCGAUAUUGUAUAUGGUAUGUUGCCUUUGCAAGGACAGUCCUGGGGUGCUUUUCAGGAGUAUGUCGUGGCAAACUACACUAUCAUUGCCCAUGCGCCAACAAAGAUCUCUGCCAGAGAAGCGGCUGGGUUGCCCUUGGUUGGCUUGACCACCAUUCAUGCAAUGGCACCCGUCCUACGAGCAUGGCAGAAGCAGGGCCAGAGCAGCAAAGACAAAAAGAUCCUUGUGCACGCAGGAGCCGGAGGAGUGGGUUCCUUCGCAAUCCAGUACUGCAAGCAUGUGCUCAAAAUGCACGUGGCAACUACCGUGAGCGCUCCGAAAGCGGUGUUGGUGAAAAGUUUGGGUGCUGACGAAGUUGUGAACUACAAAGAACAAAAAUUUGAAGAUGUCGUCAAGAACUUUGACGUGGUGUUGGACACCGUGGCACAGGAGUACGAGCAACGUACAUUGUCUUCCAGCGUGUUGAAGUCCGGAGGUGAAGGGCACUACAUCCAUGUGCUAAGCAGCGAUUGGCAGCCCAACAGUCGGGAAGAGAAUCCACUGAUUUUAAUGGUAUUGCCCUUUCUCAGGAAGUGGGGUUAUAGCCUCAUUGCGGAUCUCUUCGGAAUUGGUAUACACUACCAUUGUGAUCCAGUAAGUCCAGAUGCACAAGGAUUGCGUUCCAUUGCCAGCUGGGUAAACGAAGGCCUGAUCAAGCCUGUGGUAGAUCGGUCCUUCAGUCUUAACGAAGUUGCCAAGGCCCAUGAGUACUUGGAGAAGGGCCGUGCCACCGGCAAAGUUCUGAUCGAGAUUGGCACCAUUACUGAGUGAAUCUUAAAGUAAAGGUUUGCAAGCAGAUACUGGGAACAAGGACGCUAUUAGGUGGAGGCCAUUGCUAUUAGUAACAAGAAGCUGCUAAGAACACAUAAAUGUUUUGUUCCGAAAGACCUACACCUGGAUGUGGGAUGCUUUAAAUGUCCGUAGGACAUAUUCUGGAGGAUCACUUUUCGCAUUUGUUCGGCACGGCUUCGGCUCGAAGCUGGCCAAAGAAUCCAC